AUGGCAGCUGAAAUAUGUCUGACUGGUGUUGAUGGAGAUGACAAAGAUGCAGAUCCGGACAUUAACGCCCUCGUCCUUCUGCAAGAAUCAGUGAAAAUGGCGGAAGAAUCAACCUCUGGCAAUGACUCUUUUCACAGUCUGACUCUGAAGCAAUCCAGUGUCCUAGAUGUUCUGUCAAACACAGACAUGUUGUCUCCUGUUGGCUUAGGCAAUGGACUUUCUUUACAUGAGGCCACACAGGCUGAUGAACUCAACAGUAUGCUCAUAGAGAAAGAUGAGGGGAAAAGCAUAACCCAGUUGAAAACAGUGCAGGAAAUAGAUACUGCAGAAAUUUGGGGUUUUGAUGUGGAAUCUCCAGAAAACUCAUCAGAUGAUUUCAGCAGCCCCAGUGAUGUCCAAUGGGAUCCUCAUAAAGAGUUUAUGCAGUUUCUCUUGGAGAAACACAAUGAUUCCUCAAGUGAGGAACCUAUAGAGGUAUUACACUCUCUAAACAGCAAGGGAAGAAGAAAACGGAAAAUGGACAUGGUUGCCAUGGCGGACCCCUCAGAGGACAUGCACCCUGAUUUGAAUCACAAGUCAUCUGAGGAUUAUUCUCAUACAGAAGACCAAGUGGGCUCCAUUCCUCUUAAAGAUGUCAAACAGUCAAGGACUUUUUCCAAGCUGCAGACAUCCAAGACAGUAAAUGUUCUGAGUUAUCCCAACGGAACCAUGAAAGCCAUCAAGCAAGUUCUUCGCAAUGUACCGGAAAGACAGUCGCAUGAAGACAACCCAAGCUGUGGCCUUUCAUUGUUGAAGGACAGGCUCACACCAAAUUCUCAUUCAGAGGAGAAAGCGUCCUUUUACCCAUGCCCAAAAUGUAAGCUCGUUUUCAAGAAGUCCCAUUUGCAGCGUCAUAUGAAAACUCACGAAAAGCCACCAAAUCUUUCGCCAAAGACUUUUACCUGUGGAGAAUGUGGAGAUUCUUUCAGACAAAGUAAUCUUCUUAUCGAGCACAUGACCGUACACCAUGAAAAUAGAUCACGGCUACCCGGCAAACUCAAAGGAUGCACGGACAAGAACAACGAGGAGAAAAACACAAAACUUUUCUGCCCGCAGUGUCCAUUCGUUACAAACUGCCCCAACACGUUUGUUCAACAUGCAAAAACCCACGAUAAGAGAAAGUUUAAAUGCGACAAAUGUAGCUACAGGACUGAGAACAGCUACGAUCUUCGCAGACACAGUCUCAUACAGCAUACAGCAAAAACAGUUUACAGCAAGCAAAUCUGGGGCAAUAACUCUCAAACCCUCUCCUGUAACAUUUGUCCUUAUAAAACUUUUAGCAAAACAGUUUUUAAAAAUCACUUGGUGCGUCGCCAUCAGCAAGAGUAUGAGGAAUAUGAAUUUGCGCGGUAUGCUGAGAACAAUGCACAACCAUUCGAAAAGCAGCACAUUCCUUUUUGCACAUCGAUACAAGAUGCAGAGCUAACAUCAAAAAUUAUGAUUAAAAAUCAAGUCUCCUCAAAAAGGCCUGCCGAGUCAAACGACAUAUCUGAUUUAUUUAAAGGUAACAAGAUCAGGAGCGGUUUCAAUUCUGAACUAACUGAAUCCAAACUGGACAAAUCCAUUAAUGUUUUGCUGUCCCGGCAAAAUCAUGUGAAGAAGACUAAAUCUGUAACUGCUUCCAACUAUGAAAAUGAAGGUUCUGAUCAGGUAGCGCCCCCUACCGUUAAGGAAGAUACGACAUUAUCUUCAAAUGGCCUCACAGGAUCGUCCCAUUACGCUGAUAGAGUUCCCAAUUGCAACCCAGCUCAAUCGCCGAUCAAGAAGUCGCCAUCUAAAAGAAAGAUGUCAACCCCAUAUCGCAACACGCCGGACCAAGACUCACGUUUCAUCUCGCCAAAACCUUCGCCAAGCCCAAAGAGACUAAACCAAGGAGACGCAGACGAAUAUGACAGAAAAGACACUUUCCGUCUUAAAGAUUCGGAUGACGAUGGUGUCAAUCCAGAGAAUCACAAUUUAAUUUAUACCUACAGCAGAAGUAUGUCGAUACAUGAUGCUAUGCAGGCAUCAAAACAUAUUUUUGAGGAAACGAAGAAUGACGAGCAGAAGUACAGUGAACCUACCAUUAAAGAAGAGUGCAUCGAAACAGAAGUGUACGACUCUCAUCCGGUGGCUUUGCAAGAAUCCAUAGCAGAAGACACGGCCGAGUUGGAACUGGAUCAAAAGAGCUGUCCCUACUGUUCUGCAGUCUUCAAGUCGGGAGUGGGGUUGUCCAAUCACGUGAGAGGACAUCUUCACAGGGUUGGACUGACCUAUAGAGCGCGCCAUGUUCUGACUCCUGAGCAAGUGGCUUGUAAAGACCGCAAGCCCAAAAUCCCACAGAAGAUCACAACGUUCCGGAAACUGAAAACAGUGUUGCAAUUGCCGCCAGAUUCUGAGGACCCAGGUCUUCAUUCCUGUCCGUUAUGUGGGGACUUUUUUAACAAUAGGAAAGGACAGUCCAACCACGUACGUGGCCACCUCAAGAAGAUUGGUAGAGGCUACUUAUCAAAGAACAGAUCCCCAUUAAUCGCGUUCAAGGAGUUGAUGCGUAACAAAAAGGAGUACCUGAGGGCCGUUGAGAUUCUCGGAAAAAAACAAAACCAUUUCCAUCAGGGAGCUGGUCGCUUCACGCCAGCCUCCUUUGAAAACCUUCAGAUUAACUUGGACUCAAGCGUGUGCGAGGAUGUCAAACCCAAACACCUGCCUGUGUUUUCAUUCCUGGAAACGGACGAUGACAAAAGGCGAAUACAGACCAAGUUUGAUGACAGACAUUCUCUUUCCGACACCACCGCAUUGAUAGGAAUUCUGAAGAAGAGAAAGUGCCAGGAAGACUCCAAACCCAAGGGAGUUCUACAUGUAUCCAGGUCUCCUGUAGCGGUCUCCUCAAACAGCGAACACAGUCCUGGACCAAAAGUGGCCGCUUCACUGCCAGUCCCUGUGUCGGAGAAAGGUGAAUUCAACAGGAAAGCGUGUGUCCACUGCAACGCAAGUUUCCACAGUGGCGUGAGCCUGUCCAAUCAUGUGCGAGCAUGUGUGAAGCGGAAAAAAACCGCCUCACUAGAAGGAAACACGUUUGACUGCAAAGCGAGGAGGCAGCGUUUACGGCAGAGCUCCAAGAAGAAGACGCUGCCGUUGACCCAAACACCCGAGGAUAUGUACAGACUCACGUGCAGGUUCUGUGACCUGGUCUUCCAGGGUCCUUUGUCGGUCCAGGAGGACUGGGUGAAGCACCUCCAGAGACACAUCAUGAACACUGGAGUCCCUCACACUGGGCUGGGUAUGGUCGAGGCCAUAUCCCCCUCCGCAGACUUGGCUGGCGUCAAGAGCGACCAGGAGAACACUCUCAUUGCCACCUCCUGAACACAACCUGAACUUUGCUUUAUGUACAUGGGAUGUUUUUUCACUUUUUUUUAGGACGUACAGGCCAAAAGUACAACCUGCAUCUUUCAGAUUGCCGUAUACAUGGAGACUUUUGACAAUGAUUUUUGGAUAUUUCCCCCCCGUGGAAGAAGAGUUCCACUGCAGUAAGGAAGACAACCUUUACCUCAGACUCGGAAUCCAAUCAACCUUUUCUUCUAAGUUAGGAGCACUUGUAUGAAAACCUGCUUUCUUCUACCCCAUCUUCAUGCACACUUAGUAUCCAACAUGACAAAAAUAAAAACUUAUACUAAAUAUUUUAUUUUUUGGUUCUGUUUUCAACGAUCGAGUGGAACCUUUGAAGUAGAAAACAAUCCAUUUCAUGACUUACUUCAUGUAUAAAAAGUUUACAGUAUAUAUAGUAAAGUUAGUUUUAAAUAGGCUAUAUAAAGGAGUCAUAUGUAAUAAUUUCAUGUCAAGUCGUCAUUAAAUGGCCCUGAUAUGUCGAAAGGCAUUAAUAAAUCAUGUUCUUUUCCAAAACCUCUAUAAAUGAUAACAGUAGUUCAGCCGGGAUAUGCUCAUUUCAAAAUUAGAUUUACAGCCCCGAAAUAUUGUUUUCAUUUCGAUGCCCCGCCAUCCACCGUUUGACCAAUUAGAAAGUCCGAAUGUGUCACAUCCAGGUUCAUCUUUGUCGAGCUACUGCCACUGGUAAAGUUACUAAACAUGUCAGACCUUAGUAAAUCUAAAAUGCCUCGUUCCCAUUCUCAACUUAUUCAUGACAAAGCCAGAAACAAAACAAGGAUUUGUAUCGGGGAUGCCUUUGAAAGAUGGAGACGAUUUUUUCAUCUGAAGCCAAACUUGAUCAUUUCCUCCUCAGGCAUUUAGGUUUUAUUAUUACUUGCAAUAAAUGGAAAUGGACCUUUCAUUUGUAAACUAUAUUGUUAUAUACAGUCUAUGAUCUUGUCUAACAAAGCUAGUAUGUUCGUGCAACGAAUGCUUAGUGUGAUGGUGCUCAGCUCCUAGUGUAAUGCUUAGCAUGCUAGCCCGGUCAAUGACACGUCGACAUUAGCCUGUAUGUCGAUGUGUCAUCCAACUGCCAGGGCAAAAUAUAUUUUCGACAAAUAAAACCUAUGUGGAUAUGGGUAGUGUCAGUGCCUAUUUCCUUCUCAAUAUGCUGAUACGCUGAGGAAAUGGGUUCCAACAUUAGCACGGCUGGCAUCAUGGCAAUGUGAAAGGUAUGGAGACAGCCAAAUCACAUGAUAAAACAAUUCCUCAUUCGUGUAGCCCAGGGGUCACCAACGCGGUGCCCGCGGGCACCAGGUAGCCCGUAAGGACCAGAUGAGUAGCCCGCUGGCCUGUUCUAAAAAUAGCUCAAAUAGCAGCACUUACCAGUGAGCUGCCUCUAUUUUUUAAAUUUGAUUUAUUUACUAGCAAGCUGGUGUCGCUUUGCUCGACAUUUUUAAUUCUAAGAGAGACAAAACUGAUUUGGAUUUGAAAAUCCAAGAAAAUAUUUUAAAGACUUGGUCUUCACUAACUGACAAAGAAACAGACAACAGAUUUAGUGUCCAGUUCAAAGUGUGACAUGAUUUAAAAAUUUGAGAGUUGACUUUUGUAUUUUACAUGAGUUAUUAUUUGUACAAACAUGGUGCAAAGUAAUUCAUGAUUUGUUAAAACAUGUUAGUGGCUAGCUAGUUAAAAUGGGAUAUUGUGAUUUCACAAGACUCUUAGAAGUGAUCAUUUGAAAAUGUUCAAUUUGAAAAAUGUGCACUUAGAGAAAAUAUAAAAAUAAAGUGUUGCAUAUUGAUAUUUAUCUGCUUCUAUAUAUAUUUAUUGUGACAAAUCAUUAAGAUUAUCAGUGUUUCCACAAAGAUAAAUAUCAUUAAUUAUUAAUAAUAACAAGAAAAUUGAGCAAAUUGGCUAUUUCUGGCAAUUUAUUUAAGUGUGUAUCAAACUGGUAGCCCUUCGCAUUAAUCAGUACCCAAGAAGUAGCUCUUGGUUUCAAAAAGGUUGGUGACCCCUGCUGUAGCCUAAAGGCAUACCUCGGUAAAAUGUAUCCUCUUUAGUGUUGAGCGUACAUUAGGCUGCUAAGCAUGCUCUACUUAUUUUCACCAGUACAACCAUUGCUAGCGUUGGUUGUAGUUUUUUUUAGUCUUUUGUUUUCUUAAAGUACUGACAAUAACCAUAUGAUUGAUAUUUGUUGUAUUGUAUGCAGGCAUGACAUACUUCUUCUUGGGGGCGGUAUAGCUCGGUUGGUAGAGCAGCCGUGCCAGCAACUUGAGGGUUGCAGGUUCGAUCCCCGCUUCCGCCAUCCUAGUCACUGCCGUUGUGUCCUUGGGCAAGACACUUUACCCACCUGCUCCCAGUGCCACCCACACUGGUUUAAAUGUAACUUAGAUAUUGGGUUUCACUAUGUAAAGCGCUUUGAGUCACUUGAGAAAAAGCGCUAUAUAAAUGUAAUUCACUUCACUUAUUCAAAAUAGCCUAAUUUAUGUGUAAAAUGUGAUGGUUAGAGAUUUGUUAUUGACAGAACGCGUGUCUGUUCAGCUAUUAUGGUCGCAGCACCUCAACCCCCUAGUAAGAGGCAGUGGAAGUUUCAAGUUCCUUGGAGUAGCCCAGUCCAUCGAGCUGGAUUCGGCUACGUAUCUCGCAACCGCAGUCAGGGAGAGAAGCCGGGGACUACAGAAUUUUGACUUUGAUUGCAGUACCAUUUCUGGCCACAUUAUUACAUAUGGCUCCUUUAAUCUUGCUUAGUAAAAUGACAACAAUGGAAUGAUGUAACGUUCUGCAUGAUGACCACUUCAAAAGCAAUGUUUUGAUUUUGGAGGCAUAUUUUCACAUUGAUGGCCAAAACUAUUCAAUGGGUGUGUUUCACUUUACAGGUUCUACUGUCAAAUGGUAAACAACAACUACUAGCCACUCCCUUCAUCCUUGUCUACAACAUUUAACAAUGACACUUUUUCAAUAACUUGAUUUCAAAUGUAUUAUAUCACAAAUACAAUGUUUAAAACGUUUGUGUUCAAAAUUAAAAUAAAUGCACAAGUUGAUUUUU